UUAGCUGCUGUGAAAAAAGAGGAAGAAGAAAAGAUAGCAGGGAUGAAGGAGAAAAUGAAAGAGCUUUCAGCUGAGGUGACGUGUCUUACGGAGACCAUCGCCAUCAUACAGGAACAGCUGAAAGAAGACGAUAUGGUUUUGUUGAAGAAUUUUAAAGACACACAAGACCGAUGUAAAAGCAUAGUGCUUGGUUCAGAGAACAUGUCUGGGCUGCUGAUUGACGUGACUAAACACCUCUACAACCUCAAGUACAGAGUCUGGGAAAAAAUCCUGGACCAUGUUGAUUAUACUCCCAUAACCUUAGAUCCAAACACAGCACACCCUUGCCUCAUCCUGUCUGACGAUCUCACUUCCCUGCACUACUCAAAGCAGCCCAGUGUAUGCCCUGACAACCCAGAGCGCUUCCAUAUGAGCGCUGAAGUGGUAGGCAUGACCGCACUAGGCUCAGGAAGUCACCACUGGGUUGUGGAAACAGGAAGUAAUCAUGAUUGGCUCCUGGGUGUUGCCUCCAUGUCUGUACCGAGAAACACAGAGAUCUCCGCCCGGCCCAAGAAUGGCUUCUGGACUUUAUGUUUCCGGGAUGGAGACCUGAGAGCAAUGACCUCCCCACCCAGCCCGCUGACAGUUUCUAGAACACCUAAGCAGGUCAAAGUUCAGCUCGAUUACAACAAGGGAACGGUGUCGUUUUUUGACACCACUGACAACACACUCUUAUAUGCAUUUACACACUCCUUCACUGAACCUUUAUUUCCAUAUUUCUAUACACAGAGCAGUCAUCCAUUGCAAAUACUGCCAGAGAGGGUGCUUGUCACAAUGUUGCGGCAAUAAGUGGACGACUCAUUUAUUCUUUAUCAAGCGAGAAAAUGUAAUCCCGGGAUGAAAUGAAUGUCAAACUAUCAAAGUGGGGAGGAGUGACCUGCUGUAAUGUUACCACUGAAGCAGUCAUUUUACUGUAAUGAGAAUAUUGCUCCUUCUUCAGGCUUGAUGUAUACUCACUGGACACUAUAUCAGGUACACCUUGCUAGUACAAUGUCAGACCUCCUUUGGACUUCAGAACUGCCCUUCUGAACUGCCCUCCAUUCUUUGUGACAUAGAUUCAACAAAGUGCUGUAAACAUUUCUCAGAGAUUUCGGUCUAUGGUGACACAAUAGUGUCACAGUUGUUGCAGGUUUGUCAUCCGUGAUUCAAAUCUCCUGUUCCAACCUCAUCCAAAAGGUGCUCUGUUGGACUGAGAUCUGGUGACUGUGGAGCUAAUCUGAAUACAGUGACCUCACUGUCAUAAAACCCAAUUUAAGAGUAUUUGAACUUUGUAAUAUGCUGUAAUAUCCUGUUGGAGUUGGCCAUCAGCAGAUGUGUACACUUUGGUCAUAAAGCACUUUGAGCGCUCCAGUAGAGUAGAAGUGCAUUAUAUGAGAACCAGUCCAUUUAUCAUAAAGGGAUGGACAUGGUCAGCAAUAAUACCCAAGUGGGCUGUGGCAUUUUAACAGUAUAAAGUGUGCCAAGAAUAUUCCCCACUGAACCGUUGAGACAAUGCAGGAUGGACCCAUGCUUUCAUCUUAUAUUAAAUUCAGAUCCAACCAUGUGGAUGUUGCAUUAAAAGUCAAAACUCAUCAGACCAGGCAUCAUUUUUCCAAUUUUCUAUUGUCCAGUUUUGUUCAGCCUGUAUGAAUUUCAGCCUCAGUUUCCUGUUUUUAGCUGACAGGACCUAAUGCAGUCUUCUGCUGCUGUAGCCCAUCUAAUGUGUGAUUCUUUGAGUUGCUGCUUUGAACUGAGAGGAAAGGCUUACUGAUGCAAUAUAAUCCAUUUUCUUUUGGACCAUUCUCUUUAAACUCUAGAGAUGUCUGUGUGGAAAAAUCCCAUUAGAUCAGCAGUUUCUAAAAUACUCACAAUAUCCCAUCUGGCACCAACAGCAAUCCCAUGUUCAAAGUCACUUAAAUCACCUUCCUUUCUAAUUCUGAUGCUCAAGUUGAACUUCAGUAGGACGUCCUAACCAUGCCUACAUACCCAAAUGUAUUGAACUGCUGCCAUUUGAUUGGCUGAUUAUAUAUUUACUUUAGCAAGCAGCUGAACAGGUGUACCUAACAAAAUGUCCAUUGACUGUAUGUGCAACAAAAGCUAGAAGCUGGUUAGCUUAGGACAAAGCUGGAAAUUUCUACCCUAUCUUUAUCUAAUGUACAAACAUAAUACAUUUUGGUUAAUUGAUUUAGUUCAAAACCACAAGUAUGAGAGUAACUAAUAACUUUACAGGGGUAAGUAGUGUGGAAUAAUAACUUUCCAGAGACCCCAUUAGCUGCUUGUUAUAAAAACCCGUUUAAAAUGAUGAACUGUAAAUUUUACAAUUAGGCUUUAUGUUGGGAUUUAAAGAGGAUGAUAUAACAGGUCUUAAUUAUAAGUUUUAGAGGUGUUGGAAGACAGAUUUAGUUGUUAAGAUGGCUUUUUCAAUUGGUUUGUAUGCUAUGUCUGCUUUAUACAUUUGAGCAUGGCAUGAAUGUUCACUCAGUAGGAAAGCAAAUAUAGA